UGGUCACAUCCCAUUUAGCUUUGUGUUAUCCCUCUUUGUACAGAUGCGCGUAUAACAUCUCAGUUGGAGAACGUGUCUUGAGUAAUGCGUAUUAAGCCUUUUUUUUAGCACGCUUCUAACUUCAAAACCUAAUUUGACUUCAAACCGCGGCAAAAAGGACGGAUGAGGUUUAAGACAAAGCGGGAGCUAUUUCGGAAACGGACGCGUCCCAAUGGAUUCUAGCCGCUCUUCUAACCGCGACGCCGCAGCGGCGGAAAAGUGCUAAAGGGACCAGCAGGCACAUAAACUACGCUGCAGUUUCACCGGCGCGUCAGAGCGGGCGAACAGGGAAGUCACGUAAAUACAACACGGUGCCACAUCGCACCUUUGGGUGCGCUUCACACCCGACCCGGCACCGGCCGCAGGCUCCCACGGACACCAUGGUUUGCGCCGCGGAGCCCAGAGGAGAGCGCGGAGGCGCUUCUCCCCGCCGCCGAUGACCACAGAGACCAGGCUGCGUGGCUCACGAUAACAAAGUCAGUGUUUUUUUUUUGUUUGUUUUUAAUUGGUAGCAGCUGUCAGAAGAUGGGGCAUCCUCCUCUGGAGUUCAGCGACUGCUACCUGGACAGUCCGGACUUCAGGGAGACUCUCAAGUGUUAUGAACUGGAGCUGGACAGGACGAGCAAAUUGCUGAAAGAGUUGAUCAAAGAUGGCAACAGUGUGAUCACUGCAAUCAGAGGCUAUUCUUUGGCGAUACAGAAGUUUUCCAAAACUCUCAGCGCGUUCCAGUUCGACGUCAUCGGAGACUCACUGACGGACGAUGAAAUAAAUAUUACUCAAUCAUUCCAGGAGUUCGCUGGACUCCUGCAGGAAGUGGAGCACGACAGGAUGAUGCUGGUUCAGAACGCCUCCGAUCUGCUCAUCAAGCCGUUGGAGAAGUUCCGAAAGGAGCAAAUCGGAGAGACCAAAGAAAAGAAGAAGAAGUUCGAGAAGGAGAGCGAAAAAUAUCACUCCCAGGUGGAUAAACACCUCAAUCUGUCUGCAAAGAAGAAAGACUCUCAACUCCAAGAGGCCGACGAACUCCUUGAAAAAGAGCGUGUGAGCUUCUAUGAAUCGUCAGUGGAGUACGUGUACCAGAUUCACCAGGUGCAGGACAGGAAGAAGUUCGACGUGGUGGAGCCGGUGCUGGCGUUCCUGCACAGCGUCUUGACGCUCAACAACCUGACUGUGGAGAUGACUCAGGACUUCAUGCCUUACAAGCAAGAGCUGCAGCUCAGCUUGCAGAACACCAGAAACAACUACGAGAGCACUCGCGAGGAGAUGGAGGAGCUGAUGAGAAGAAUGAAACACCCAUCGCAGAUCUGUAAAAUGCACAGCUGUCUGCCCAUCGAGGGCUACCUGUACUGUCAGGAGAAGUGGGCUUUGGGCGUCUCGUGGGUCAAAUAUUAUUGCAAAUAUCACAAGGAUGGGAGGCAGCUGGAAAUGGUGCCCUGCGAACAGAAGCCGACGACUAAACAGUUCCCUACACUUCUGACACUGAAAUCUUGCAUCCGCCGGAAGACGGAGUCCACCGACAGGCGCUUCUGCUUCGACGUGGAAACAAACGAGAGAAACACACCCGUCACUUUCCAAGCUAUUUUGGAGACCGACAGGAAGCUGUGGAUGGAGGCCAUGGAUGGAAAAGAGCCUAUUUAUCAUUCCCCAAUUCACAACCAAGCUGAAAUGGAACUGAAUGAAGUUGGAUUUAAGUUUGUGCGAAAGUGCAUCAACUACAUUGAAACAAAAGGAGUCACACAAGAAGGAGUGUACCGAACAGUUGGCAGCAACAUCCAAGUGCAGAAGCUAUUAAAUACCUUCUUUGACCCAACGAACCCAGGAAAUGUGGAUCUGCAGAGCAGCGACUGUGACGUCAAAACCAUCACAAGUGCACUAAAGUUUUAUCUAAGGAGCUUGUCUGAACCACUGAUGACCUACAGUCUACACAGAGACCUCAUGUGUGCUGCAAAGUCAGAUAAUCUGGACUUUCGACUGAGCGAGAUUCAUUCUCUUUCCCACAAACUACCGGAGAAGAACCGGGAGAUGGUGGAGAUGCUCAUCAAGCACCUGGUCAACGUGUGCAGCCACAGUGAAGAAAAUCGGAUGACCCCCUCGAACAUGGCCGUUAUCUUCGGGCCGACACUCAUGAGAGCCAAGGAGGAGACCGUGGCGGCCAUGUUGGAUAUUAAGUUCCAAAACAUUGUUGUUGAGAUUUUGAUUGAAGACUUCAAAAAGAUCUUCAGUUACAUGCCAGAGGACAGCACUUCCCCGCCAGUCCCGCCUCCGCGGAUCACCCCGAGGAAGCGACAACCAAUCACCAUCUCCAAGCGACCCCCCAGGGUUUAUCAGCCUGUCAGUCACGACCACUUCCAGCAGACGAAGAACGGGCAGAACGACAACUCUGUGCUGGACGUGGAAGUCCCGACCAACCCGGUUCCCCUGCAGCGGAAAAGACCGGCGAGCUUUGCUCCACUCCUUCCAAGAGAACCUCCUCCGAGACAAGCGUUGCUGCCCAAACCAGCUAACCGUCAGGAAAGACACUUGGACUCCAACGCUGGCAGGAUAGAGGACGCGAGGCAACGGCCAGAUUCUUCUUCUCCUUCUUCAGCGGCGAACGGGGAGUCUGGAGUCUAUGUGAGCAGAGUGCCGUCGUUCCAGAGCAGGAGACAACCUCCUAAAGGCACGCCAGCCAACAGAGAAGGAGAUGGCGAUGGUCCGACCAGAACAAAGUCCACAGAGAAACAUGCUAUCUGUAGACCCCCCAUCAGGCCUCCUGAACCCCCCUCCAGAAGCCCCGCUCCACAAAAGACCCCGAGUGCAGCCAGCAGCGAGGGCUCAGCCACGUCUUAUGUUGCCUCUAAAACAAAGUUUUUUGAGAAUGCCUCCAGGCCCCCCGGCAGUCCACCUGCCUCUCCGCCAUCAUCAACAGUGACGAAUGUAAAAAAAGAGAAUUAAAGUUAAGGAGACUUGGACAACAUCACGUGACCUCUAUGUGCGCUGAUGAAGCUGCAGGGAGUCGGAUAGACUGAAGAAGUGGCGAUCAUAAUGGAUUUAUUUGAUUCCAUUUCAUUUUAAUGGUUAGAAUUACCCUUUCUAAGUAGGCUGUGUUUGAUGAUUAUUCCAAAGUUAGCGUGGAGUAACAGUACUAUUUUCCCCCUUUUUUAUGUCACAAUUUUUAAUAGUACAAUAUUCAGUCAUUUUACAAUGUUAGGUCUGAAUAUUGGAGGCAACAAACUGGUUAAAUGAGCUUAAUUAGACGACUUGUCUAACACACGUUUUUGCUCCCAAAGAAGACUAAUUGAUUAAAUCUGGUUAAUCAUUAUGCAUUUGAAAAUGUUAACUAUAUUUAACAAUGAACCUUGUAAGUCGCUGUCAGCGAGCUGCAUGACGGAAUAGAUCUUUUUGUGUUUGUUUUUUUAAAUCAAAACUAAUUUUAAACAACGUGUCAUUCAGCGAUGGAUGGGUUUUUAAGAAGCAUUACAAAAAAGUAUUUUACUGCCCAGUGUCAGUCUGUAUUCCAGUGAGGAUAGUUACAAUGUACAUGAUGAAUACAAUGCUAACAGUAGUUUGAUAGGGAAUGAUUAAAACUAGAUUCAAUGGUGUACAUUCCCUCACUCAACAACUCACGCAAGAGAGUCUUAGAAGUUUACUUGAUGUUGUUGCUCCACAAAGAAUUGUUGGGAUUACCAAAACAGUUCAAGUAAGCUGAUUGUUGAAGCUGUUCAUGUGACGAUAACACUCAUUCUUUGUUUUAAAAAACGCUAUGUUAAUGAUCUCACUUGUUUUUGAUAACACAACUUGAUAAUUCUGGUCGGCUUGUUUAUUUAUUUAUUUUUUCAAAAAAAUAAAUACAAAUUGUUAACAUAAGGAAAAAGCUUUUGUGUAAUUGCAUCAUGUUACAGACCUAUCUCUCCUCGGUCAGGCAGCGGAUGUUUUAAGUGAGUCAUCGUUGUAUUUUCCUUUUUAGUACAAAGAAAAUGUAAAUCAAAACAGGCAAUUAAUAGUGAGAGAAAUAAUAAAUCAACGGUAUCUUAAUUUAUGCUACAAGAAAAUCAAACGACGCAAAAAGGGGUAGCAUUGAACUGAACAUUGAGGGGAGCAAAAGCAGCAAUGACGUAAGAAUAAAAAUGUUUACCCGCUGUUGUAUGUUGCAGUUUACAUCACUAGCAUGUGAACUCUUGGGUUAUGGAAUUAUUUAGCGCCAUAUUUGAAGAUUUUCCCAAAACAUCUCAAGAAGGACACUGGUGUUAGGUGAUAGUAACCUUGAUCUUUGACCUCCAAAAUGUAAUCACCGCCUAAUCCUGUAAUCCCCAAAUUCCCUCCAGGAGAUCCUGAGUUCAGGAUGGUGGACCAAUACACCGAUGGACGCGUAACGCCUCUGUGCCCGUGACAAAAAUCCCCAAAGUCUUUGCAGUUUGGCGUAGCAUAAAUAGGCUAUGUAAAAUAAGAUGAGAUCAUUUAUUAGUCCCGCAGCGGGGAAAUUUACUGUACCAAGUCCUCCAUGACAACCCAACCCAAACUUGUCGCCACAAAUGUCAACCUGCUAGAGGCAUUGACCGAAAAGUCAGGGGAUCACUUCAGCAGCACAGCUUCAUCCUGUGGUGGCCAUGAGUUACGGCGCAACGUUUCAGACAGCCCAUUAAAAAGUUGUUGUUGAGUCUGGCGCACAGACAUCGGCAUCCUGAGAGCGCAUGCUGCAAGCAAUCCAAGUCUCCGCCGUCUCCAUCCGGCCCCCCCCCCCCCCCUGUGGCCUUGAGUACUUGAACAGACCUCAUACAGCCAACUGAGUAUCACCUUUAGUCUUUGCUAUAACAAAAAAAACAAAAAGCAUCAACAACCGUGCUGCCUUUUGACAAAGCAAAAUUAAUAAUUGUGUCAGAAUUCCAUGAGGUUUUUAUCUAUAUUCACUUCAAAUAUCCUUUCUUAAAAAGAAAAUCUAUUUAGGGUGCAAGAUAUUCGUGGAAUGCAAGUUAAGUUCAAACAGUCCGGACCGAACUUGCGGCACUGCAAAUGAAAAAAAGAAAAGAAAAGAGGAACACAGCUGUUUCUUAAGGUUAUGCACGCAAGAUUGUAGGUGAACAUUGUAUUUAAGUUACCAUCCACUCCUCCAGCCACAUUCCAACCUCCACCACCUGUCGGAGCCACAUUAAAAUUGCCUUAUUUUGUAUCUCACGGCCCCUGCAGCAUGACACUCGGUAUCUGGUCGGCCAAAGGGAACAUCGGAAUUUCCCUGCUCAGAGCUUCUGUGCCAAUUCAUCUGAGCUUGACUUGCGGAAAAUCAACAGGAAGCCAAAUCCGAAACCUUCUAACAGGGAAGAACACACACGAACAAAAGGAUGCGUGUUCUCAACUGAAGCAAGUGCACGGUUCAGUUGAUUUCCAAGAAGAACUAAACAUGUAUUUAGUGCCUGCAUGGCUUCUUUGGUAAGGCAUCUGUACUGGAUGAAUAUUUGUUCUACUUUUUAGCAGAGCAUCAUGCUUACCAGAUGAUUCAGCACAUUUCUGUUAUAAUGAUUUUUAUUAUAUCUUUUAUCCCUGUAAUUUAUUUUAUGUUCUUGUCCUGGCAUUCACGCAUUGCCCCGUCCCUAAAAUUUUGUGAGGUAAGCCUCUAUAUGUUUGUUCAAGGCCAUUUGGACUUGGACAUAAAAUGAUUGCAUGCCACUACUUAACAGUAUUUUGUACAAUUACUUCAAACAGAGUCAGAAUGGUUUUAAUUGCCUUUAAAAGAUGAUGCAGCUUUACACAUUUUAAAAACAAGUCACAAAAGGUAAAAAUCAUACAAGAGAUUACUUUAAAAGUCAAGUGUUGGGACACCGAAACAGACAAACAAAUCAAUAUAUACAGUUACUGUGGCGUUUACAAAGGAUCAGGUUAAUAUGCAGUACACUGGGCACACACCAGCUUUUGUCAAUUCACAUCAUACAAACACUGUAGUCUACUGUGAUUAAAUCAUAUUAUUAUUAUUUUUUUAAAUUACAGAGCAACGAGGUGGCUCAUUAAGGUGCAUGACUCACCAGCACUAGAAGUGCCUUGAAAUUGUAAUGUAUAAUAAAAGUUAAAAUAGCCU